GUCACAAUGGCACCUGUCAAGCAAGUAGCUAAGACACAUGUCUGAAUGAAAUCAUUUCAGAGCAAACAAACAUCAGCUGAGUGGAGCAGGGAGGGAGUUCUGUCCAACUUGCAGAGAGGAAGCAGUGGGUCGUUCUCUGACAAUGUUGGAGAUAGAAGAGAAUCUCCAGGCAGCUUUCAAAAAGCUAAGAGUAGACUCAGAAGGAUCCACUGCUUCUCUUCCUGUAAAUGAGGGGGUGCCUCCAAGAGCACUUGUAAAAACUACAGAUGAAACCAAGGUGAAGUCUGUGUGUGCAUCUAAAGAGAGCUGGCAUUGGUGUUUGAGGAAACCUUUGAGAGGAACAGUGAGAACACAGCGUCGGCGGCGGUCUAAGUCUCCAGUACUCCAUCCUCCUAAGUUUAUCCAUUAUACCAAGAAAAUGCUGCCUUGUAACCAGCCAGUGCACAAGAACCCAGCUGACACUUCUGAAAGCAGCAGUGACCCGGAUGUGUCAACCCCAAAGGAGUUCUCUAAGAAUGAACAGGCCAGUCACUCCCUCAAUGAUGUUGGCGAGAAACAAAAGGGUGCUCAGCAUUCUGUGGCAUCCAUGGUUGAAAUGCCUAAGAACAAACUUGAAAGUGGUGUUUUUCCUACUUCAGCAGUUCUAAAGGCCACAGAUCUUUCUGAUUUCCAAUCUGUGUCUGAGCAAAAUAAAGGGAAACUCUGUGCGUGUGUAGACAGGGCCUGCCAAUGUAAGCGAUGGCAGGACAUGAAAGUGUACAUGUUUUCUGGCCCACAAAAUUCUCCCCAGUCUGCACCUAAAAGACCACAACAUAUGCAGGACAGUUCCCAACCUUUGCCAUCAAGAACUCCCUCCAGCUCUCUCAGGUCUUGCUCUGAGCAAGCCAGGGCUCAUGUGGAUGAUGUGACUAUUGAAGAUCUUUCAGGGUACAUGGAGUAUUUCCUGUAUAUCCCUAAGAAAAUGUCCCACAUGGCAGAAAUGAUGUACACCUGACUACAGUGGGCUCUACUGAACAAAGGGUUUGGGUAUCUGCCCUUGGUCACACUCCAUCUCAGAAGCAGUUGCUCUCUGUGCUUGUAAUAAAGACACUUUGCAUCACAGCCAA